GAGUUGGUCAGUCAACCUGAAACCGUCCUCUUCUACCCUUCGCAAAAGGUAGCAGAGCAGCGCCAGCUUACCAUAAUUGGUGUUGCCAAUGAUGCUGGUGAGAAUGUCGGGCUCAUUCCUGGUAUUGCUUGCAACAAGUUCCCUCCUUGGAUGAACUAUGCCUCACAAAUAAUCACCUUGUUUCCUGAGAGAGUUCUAGAAAUGCCAGACUUCGACU